UCCCAUGCGUUGCUGCCUCUGCUUUUGGUCCCCGCAGUCGCAGGCCCGGAGCCAGACCGCCUCUAGGCUCCCCUAGCGCCCCGUACCAGGCAGAGGAUAAGGGGGAGCUGCGUCUCGCCAGUAGGGACUGGACAUUUCUCAAGGCGUGGCCUGAUCAGCUCGACCAGCUUGGAUCUGCUGGCCGUGCUCCUCACACGGAGCAGCCUCGUGGUGAAGCUCGUGUGUCUGUUUAACUGACUUCUAUUGGACAUAAAGGCAUUGAUCUCAGUACAUGUUUUGUUCCCAAAUGCCAUGGGAGGUGGAGUUAGCCAGUUUUCAAGGCAUCUUUCCAUCUGUCUGUUUUUUAGGAAAAUCGGGUGGUAAUUCUUUUGAGUAAGUGGAAGAUGCUCUCCUAAACUGUGGAGUUUAAGUCUGCGGCAUCCCUUUCCAGCUUUUCCACACAUCCUGAAGUUUGUAAUGUCCUAAUUGCUGUAGCCCAAGUUGCCUUUUGCUGCCACAUUUGUCCCCAGUUCUUCCCUGCUUGUGAGCAGGUCAAAGAAAACAUUGGAGAGACUUGCCCUGGCAGUAUUUUUGUCAGAGAAUAAUGAAAAGGGCCUGUGAGGUUUUCAGAUUGCCAGACUAAUGCUGUGUUGUCCUUCCAUCAGCUGUUGAGAUUUCUGCUAGUUUUCUGUAGGAAACCUCAUCUCUUGCACUCCCUUGGUUCUGUAGUAGCCACACCCCACCACAUCCCACCUUUCCUUCCCCUCGUGAUACAUAGGUUUUCACCAAGCAUGUCUCUGGAACCCCAAGGAGCUCUUCUGUGUAUCACGUGCUUUCCCCUCUCCCUUUCUUUCCUGUCUGUCCCAGAUAACUCUUUCAUGACAGUGCUACAAUCGUAUGUGCUGUGCCAGCCAGUGCCCUGGCCACUGACUGCUCUGACUUCAUCUGUUUCCUUGAGGCUGGAGGUGAAUUUCUAGUUCUUGCUUGUUACACACAUUUGAUGUUAGUCUGCAGACACCUGAGGGAAGCCUCACCCUCUCUCCUGAGCAGGAAUGGAAGUCUCCCUCUUGGCCUCCUCCUUUCCAUAUUUGGUUAGUACUUUGCAGCAAUCCCUCUCAGCUCUGGACUUCAGUCCCUGUCCCAUGAUGAACCUAACUUAAUGCUUCCCUUACCAGGAAGUGGCCCCUUUCCAGGAAUUAUUGACUUGUAUGGAACUGGAGGAGGACUCCCUGAAUACAGGGCAUGCCUGCUGGCCAACCACGGCUUUGCUGUGCUGGCUCUGGCUUUCUACAGCUAUGAAGAUCUCCCCAAAGGGAUGAAGGAAUUCCACCUGGAAUAUUUUGAAGAAGCUGUAAACUAUAUGUUACAACACACCCAGGUUAAAGGUCCAGGAAUUGGUUUGCUUGGACACUCAAAGGGAGGUGACCUGUGUGUCUCCAUGGCCUCCUUCCUAAAGGGCAUCACAGCCACUGCCCUUAUCAACGGCUCGGUGGCAAAUGUGGGUGCGGUGCUCCACUACAAGGACAUCAUCAUUCCACCCCUUGGUAUCAAUCCAAAACGCAUCAAGGUUGGCAAGUCCGGGAUUGCUGAUAUUAUUGAUGCAUUGAACAGCCCUCUAGAAGGGCCUGACCAGCAAAGCUUUAUCCCUUUGGAGAAGGCUGAGUGUUGCUUCUUGUUCAUUGUUGGCCAGGAUGAUCACAACUGGAAAAGUGAAUUCUUUGCAGUUGAGGGGAGCAAACGCUUGCAAGCUCAUGGGAAAGAAAAGCCUGAGAUAGUCUGUUAUCCUGGAGCAGGACACUACAUUGAACCUCCCUUUUUCCCGAUGUGUGCAGCCUCAAUGCACCUGCUAUUUGGCAAGCCUGUGAUGUGGGGAGGGGAGCCCAAGGCACACUGUGAGGCACAGAUAGAUGCUUGGCAGCAGAUCCAAGCUUUCUUUCAUAAACACCUCACAGGCAAGCUGUCUGGAACAUCCAGUAAGCUCUGAUAUGAAUUAGGUUACUUUACAGAUGAAGAUGCUGGUUUUGUUAAAUGUUUUGUUAAAUGGCUCAGAAUGAGAACAAGGACUAUCAGAGAAUAAGCUAUUAGGUUUCUUGGAGGAUGAUGGUGGGUGAAAGCAAGACAGCAGCUUCCUUUUUACACCCUCCUCUAAUCUUGGCUAAAGGCCUUGGCCUCCUAUUUUAUGUAGUACAUGGUUAUGAGCUGUGGAAAACAAAUGGUGGUAAGUUUGUGUGCUUUGAGUGUGAAUUAAAGUGGUAGGUAACUCAUCCAAGCUGAGAACCAGGAUGAAAACAUGCCUUGGCCUUCUCAGAGGAGAUGUAUGCCAUUGCCCAGCUUUGUGUUCUAGUUCCAGUAUUCCAGUUUUUCUGGAAGCAGUAAUCUGCCUCCAGUAAUCUUUCUGUUCUCCCUGUGCACUUCUCCCUCCUUUGUUGCUCCUUGCUCUUCUCUCAAACCACUAAAAUGCAUCUGCCUUAAAAAUAUCUAAUAUUUCACUUACCAAAAGCAGUACUACUGUGCCACUGCCUUAAAAAUAUCUAAUAUUUCACUUACCAAAAGCAGUACUACUGUGCCAGCACCCUCAGGUAAAACUUCACAUUUGUAGGCAACAAACAGCCCAUAGCUUGAUGUGAUGUUCUGAGAGCAUGCAGUAGAAAUGAGACAUUUAAACAGUCUGUGGAAGUUCAUAAGCGUGAAGAAGCAACAUAACAGGUCCUGUUAGGUGUCAUCCUGGAGUCGCUCCCAGGUGUCUCCUCAGCACGGCUGGGUAUCGCUGUGGAGAUCCACAGUCGGAGCUCCCUGCCUGUACAUUCCCCAAAUGCCGUCUCAGCUGCCUGCUCCUAAGCGCUGCUGAGAGCAGCCCGGCUGCUCCGUGAGGCGGCCUGGAAGGGGCCGGAGGCGGCCGGCCCGCUGUGGUGGAGCGGGGCUCCGGCUGCACGCCCGCUGCUCUCUGCGCAGCGGGGUGACCGCUCGGCCCCGCCGGGAUCGUCAGCAACUUUGUGCACCCAAGCGUGGGGUUGAAGGAGAAGACGCUGGGAGUUGCCGGCGCAUUUGCACUGUGUGUCCGAACACGUAGUACCCGCCAGUGCUUGCAGCCCGACCUCUGCUGUUGCCUGUGCGUCAGGCCUGUUUCAGCGUUUUGUAUCCACCGUACUGUAAUGGAUUAAAGGGAAACUUUAACCGCU